AUGUCACCUAGAUCGCUGGUCUUCUCGGUUUUUGAUCUAUCAACCAGAUGUUGUCUCCUAACACGUCCCAGCUUGGACAAAGGCAAUGCCGAGUGCAGAAAGAGCCUCAAUUUGCCAACCCAUCGAAAAUUCAACUUUGCCGAGCUUUAUACAAUAAAUAUGUGCAUUGAGGAAUGCAACUUUAUAACCUCCGGCUACAUUGAAAUCGAUCCACCCUAUCGCCUGGAUCUGGCCAAUAUCCGCAUUAACCUGAAGAGCAUGGCACCCCAUCCACAGGACGAAUCGAUUGCCUUCCUCUUGGAUGCAUAUCGGAAAUGCGAGGUGUUCCGAUCCUCCCACGGCGGACGGUUCACCCUCCAUCUGCCGGAUAUUGAGUUCAUCGAGGAGUCCUGCAACCCCUUCUCCCUACAGAUUACCAUAUGUCUCCGCAUCCAUGCCAUGCAAAAGUGCCCUGGCCAAUUCUAUGUGGACGGCCAGGAGUGUCGCUUGGCCAGGGAAUACUUCACCCAGUGCGUCGGCGAUAUUGAAGCCAAUCUCGUCUAG